AUGGCAGCAUCGGUAAAGAAACGUCGGAAAGUGAUCAAAGUAGUAUUUGAUAAAGAAGAGCACUGUUCAAAAGACGGAUAUGAGCUCGGGAUUGCUGAAAUGGAAGAACUACCUUUAUGGAAGAAACAUUUGGAAAAUAUCAAGCAAAUGCGAAGUAAUUGGGAUGCCCCGGUGGAUAGUAUGGGUUGUCAUAUGCUUGCUGAUGCACUUGCUGAACCAAAGAAAAAAGCUUUGUACAUCAAGAAGGUAGCAAAAAUUUUGAAAGAGCGUUAUGAUGGCGAUAUACCGAAUACGAUUGAAGAACUUUGCUCACUUCCGGGUGUUGGCGAAAAGAUGGCUUAUCUUGCGAUGUGUAAUGCAUGGGACCAGAUGAAAGGGCUUGGUGUCGAUACACAUGUUCAUCGCAUCAGUAACAGACUUGGAUGGAUUAAAACCUCAAAUCCCAAGGAAUCUCGGAUAGCCCUGGAAGCGUUGGUUCCACGUGAAGAGUGGCAAGAAUUGAAUAAAUUGCUAGUCGGCUUCGGGCAGCAAACAUGUUUACCUGUUUUACCGAAAUGUUCGGAAUGUUUAAAUAGGAAUAUAUGUGCUGCUAUAGGAGUGAAGAAAAAACGUUGAUAUUGCAAAUGAGAAUCUUCAAUGUAACAAAAUCCAUAUUAUCGUUCUUCUUAUUCUUCUCACUUUAUCAUUGAUCUCUUCGUUAUUUUACGGCUCUUAUUUAGCUCUACUUCGUAGCUAUUCGAAUAACCCUCAAAUACGAGCUGUUACUAUUUGAUCUUUUCUAUUCAUGUAAAUAUGUGUAAUUUUUAAUUUCCAUAUGUUCACUUCAAGUCCUUUUGGAUAUUCUUCCAAUAUAGAGUCAUCUAUGCCUAUCCUACUUUUGUAUUAUGCAUGCUUUCAUGUAUUUA